CAACACACCCACCACCAAACACCUCUCUCACACGCCAUGCCACGCCUACCCUGGUUAGUGACGUCCAUUUUCAAAGGCACCUUCAUCGGCUUCGGCAGCGCCAUCACGAUAAACGACCACUUUCUCGAAUACGUGACCAUCGAAGGCGUUUCCAUGUCCNCCACCCUCUCCCCCACCUACCACGAAACCGGCCAAAAAGACUCGCUUCUCAUGCAAAAGUGGAAACCUGCUGCAAAUCUUGAAAGAGGAGAUGUAGUCAUGUUCAACUUGCCGCAUAAGCCAGAAANNAAACUGGGUGUCAAGAGGGUGGUUGCUUUGGAGNGGGAUUGGGUGACGUUGGAUUGGAAGAGGAGGACAGAGGCUACGGAUAAAGAGGGCAUGGUUUGGGAGGCUGUUGGUGAGGCUAAGGUGUUUGGGGUGGGCAAGAGGAAGUGGAGGGUUCCAUUGGGGCAUGUGUGGGUUGAGGGUGAUAAUGUGGGUAUGAGCAAGGACAGUAAUGACUAUGGGCCGUCAUUAAUUGCAGGAAAAGCGAUAUGCUGUCUCUGGCCCUGGGAACGAUUUGGCGAAAAACACUGGGCUGGCUACAAGAUCAAGACCAAGGUCGAGAAAGCCCAGCAGGUCGAUGUCGGCCAGUGGGAAAACUUGUACUGA